AUGGGGUUGACCCUUUUUCACAACCAGAGUCCAACAACAUCGAGACGAUUAGAUAGAAUCUAUAUAUCCCAAUCCUUCGUACAACGACUUCUUGAGUUCAAUCAGAUUCAAACGGAUAAAAUCACUUCCACUCAUGAUACAAUUAACAUCAAAUUACUUAUCACUACCACCCCAACCAUCUCAAUUGGAAGUCAACGAUUCAUCCUUCACGACAACCUCAUAGAUGAUCCAGACUUCUUCAGUUCAUUAAAUAACCGCAAGUUUAGCAACUUGUCAGAAUUCACACACAAUCUACCAGCAUUCAGUAGGGCCUUUCAUUACUAUGUUAAUAUCAAGAAAUCCAUUCCCCGAGCAUCAGACUACCUACCCAAGGCAAUGGAAAAAGAAGAAUUCCAGGAUUUACGGGAAAGAUUCGUUGGGAAACCCACUGAAAAUCACAUAUUCCAAAAGAUGACAAAUAAGGAGGGAUCAAUUAUUGCCACUACAACGGAGACAAUUAUUGAGUUAGCAAAAACCUUUUUCGAACUUACCUAUCAGGAGCCACCUUCCAAGAAUGCAAAUGACAUAGUAUCAUAUCUUAGUGGCUUCCAAAAGAAAAUCACCGAGGAAACAAGACAUGACCUUGAACUCCCAAUUACAGAAGAAGAAAUACAUGACGCACUUCGUUCCACCUCGAAUCAAUCCUCACCAGGAAAAGAUGGCAUCCCUUUUAGAUUCUAUAAAAGGAGCUGGGAUACUAGUGGCCGCCUCCUCCAACAAGAAGCAAACAAUAUUAUGGAUACAGGACAACUUCCAAAGGCAAUGAAGGAAGUUUUAAUCAAAUUAAUACCGAAAAGGAUCAAGAAUUCAACCAACAUCAACGAUUUUAGACCCAUACUGUUGAUCAACACCUCGACACGAAUCAUCUCUAGUGUCCUCAAUAAUAGACUUCUCACUUGUGUGGACGAUAUUAUUGGAGAAAAUCAAACCGGAUUCAUGCCCGAGAGAAGAAUGGAUUACCAAAUAUCAAAAAUGAAUAUGUUAAUAAAAGAAAUUGAACAAUUGACAACUGCUACAAGUACGCAAGCACUUUGCUUUUUGGAUUUUGAAAAGGCAUUUGAUAAUUUUUCACAUGAAUAUCUCAAACAGGUUCUCCAGCAUUUAGGAUUUGGCCCCCGAAUGAUAAAAGGUAUCAUGCUGUUAACUACCCAACAAACUGCAGAAAUAGUGAUUAACGAUUUCUGUAGCUCCAGUUUUCCACUCCAGAGAGGUACUAGGCAAGGAAGCGCUAUUCUGCCAAUUUUAUUCAACCUUGCUAUAGAACCAUUCCUAUACUUUUUAGAAAAGCGACUCCAUGGUAUAAGCGUCCAGCUUGUCUUCGGUCGCCCACUCAGAAAUUCCUAUUUAGCUUUUGCGGAUGAUCUUACUAUCUUUCUCAAUGACGAAUCGGAUGCUCAUAUCCUACACUUGGAAUUAACAAAAUUUUGUGAAAUCUCAAACUCCAAAAUAAAUGAAACUAAAUCACUCAUCACCUAUUUUAACCAAGAUCAACCCACUACUUUAGGUGCCAUCCUCAACUUCCCAAGUCAACAUAUAAAAGAGGAAAACUUCAAAUAUCUUGGAAUUAACAUUCAUAAUUUCGAUUGGAGCCCCUACAUCGAAUCGCUUCGGACCCAGCUCCAUUUCAAUACGAUCAAGGAAUUACCAAUCCACCUACGAACACAGGGUCUCAAUCAAUAUAUCUUUUCAAAAAUAUACUUCAGAGACCUCCAAUAUCCAAUGUCAGCGGAAGACUGCCAACUACUCAUUAGGAAUAUUAAAUGUUUUCUUCCCCCUAUUAGUCCCCAAAAUCUAUUUGCUCUCAAGAUUCAAGGUGGUUAUGGAUUACUAGAAAUCGAAACUCAGCUAGAGGGGAAAAGAGCCAAAUUCAUCUUUGACAUGCUUAACAACCACAAUUCAGGAGAAAGUUUAUUAUUACGAAAUAAGAUACAAGCCUAUCUCAACCAAUAUGCAAAAGCACCCAACCCCACCACCCAGGAUUCAAAAUGGAUCUUCCCAUGGUAUCGAUUGCUUGUAGGAGGGAAAAUUGAAGAUAAAAGAGGAGGUUACAUCAGAGAUCGCAUCCCAUUUGCCAAUGAUCAUUUUUCCAAAAACGAAAUCAGUUGGAUCGAAGCGUGGUAUUCAAUUGUGAAUUUAAAAAAGGCCAACCAAAGGGAACAUCCAAUAGGUGUUAGUUUACGAGAUUUAUCAGAAUUUGUUAAUUACCCCAUUGAACAAAAAGAUUGGGAAAAAGAUAUGGAACCGGUCAAUGAAUUAACCUUCAAGAGCCGCAGCAGGCAAGCCCAAUUAGAGAAACGAGUUGCCCUAGAACCAAAAGGGUGGAGCACACUCUUGAACAUAACACCAUCACAAUGGCAAAAAUAUUGGAAAUCGCUA